CGAGCGGCGGCGGCGGCGGCGGCAUGGGCAAGACCAAGACCAAGGCCUGGCGGGUUCGCCCGCCGCCCUUUGCUCCAGCGGGGAGCCUGAGCGAGCAAGCUGGGGAGGCCGACGCGGGGGAAGACGAAGCCUCUCCGGCCGCCGAGCUGCUGGAGAAACUGCAGCACCCCAAUGCCGACGUGCGUGAAUUUGCUUGCGCCAACAUUUCCAAGAUGUUGCAACCGCAACAAACAAUUCCAGCUUUUGUGCAAAGAGAUGUGGUUCGGCGACUCGGUCCACUGAUGCUUGAUCCGAGUCAAGUGGUUCGGGAGACGGCUGCGGGAGCUCUUCGAAACCUCAGUGCCUGUGGAGGAUUUGAAAUUUGCAAUGAUAUGGUCACUAAAGACAUCAUGACUCCCCUUGUAGCUUUAUUGAAGGAGUGCCAGGCAGGACUUAUUGAAAACAAUGGUUCCCUGAAGGAAGACAAGCAGGCAGAGAAGAACCAUACUGAGGACAUUGCUAAUGAAGCAGUGAACCUGCUGUGGAAUGUCUGUGAAUGCAACAGUACGGCAGUAUCAAUAUUCAACAAAGAAGGAUGCCUAGAUGUUGUUCUACAAUAUCUGAAGAGAUUUCAUACAAAUGUAGACCUGGCUAUCGCUGUGGCAUCCUGUUUACAGACGGUGACAGAAGAUAAUUUGGAUCUGCUUUCAUCUUUUGAUGCAUCUGCACAUCAGGUGCUGGAAAUGAUCAUGUUAUCGUCGGACAAAGACUUGGAGCACAUCCUUUUACGGACAUUGGUGGCAGGGGUAACAUGGAAUGUAAAGAGCACCAUGCCUUCUGGUAGCCAGGCAGGAACCAUCAAUGCCAUCCUGAAGAUCUUCUCAGACUGUUUAGCGGUGGAUGCUGGUGAGGUGGUCGUUCAGAUGAAGGAAGCCGAAACAGCAAGGUUGAAAACUUCCACUGAAGGAAAUGGGGUUGACGAAGGUAACUCGGUACAGAUAGAAGAUGAUGGUGUGGAAGAAGAAAGUGGAGGAAUCCCCCAAGGGGAAAAGGACAUGUUGGAUCUACUCCCACGCAGCCAGCAGGAGCUGAAGCAAGUGAGCGCAUUACUUCUUGCCCAGCAAACUGCCCUGGAAAUCAUUGUCAAUAUGUGCUGCAAUGAAGAUACUUCUGAUGAAGAGUGGGAAGAGCUAUCAAGUAGUGAUGAAAGCGAUGCCUUUCUAGAUAACGGUUAUGAGGAAGAUGGGAAGCUGCUUUCUCCGCUGUGCCUUUCAGCUGAAAUUCACACCGCCCUGGUCAACCACUUGAUCCCAAAGAAGAUACUGGAGAAAACUGCUUUCCCAAGUAGUGUUACUGUUGAUGUCUGUAUGCAGCAUCCAUCUUGGAAGCCUCUGAUUAAAAAGUUGAAUAUGAUCCAGUACAGAGCACUAACCUGUCUUCACAGCAUCUUGCUGGUGUCGGAUGUGGAUAGCCUCGGGGGACUUUCGGUGCUUCAAUCGCUGUCACAGCACUUGUCUCAAUUAAUUUUUUCUCAACCAGAAUUUUCAAAAGAAAUGGAGUUUCUGGAAGCUGUCACCAGUGCGUUGCGAGCUCUUCUGCAAAUGUUGGCAUCAAAUAAUAUACCUCAAUGCAUGACUCCGGAGCAGCUGAUAAUUCUGUGUGACGCCGGUAUUCAGAGCAAAAACAUCAGUGUCCGAGUCAAUGUUGUUAGCAUUUUAGGAAUUGCUGGGAGCGUGCUUGCGAAAGUGGAAAACACUGCUGAAACACUAAAGGACAUUGGGAAGUUCCUCCUCAAUGUUGCGAUGAAAGAUCCUUCCCUUGUGGUGGUCGGGGAAGCACUGGACGCCCUCUUCGACGUUUUUGCCGAUGGCAAAGAAGCAGAAAGUGCAGCGGAGGAAAUAAAAUUGCUUUAUGCACUUAAGGAAUUCCAGCCAGUUUUCAAGUCACGGAUGCGAAAGGAGGGCAGAGGACAGUACAACACAGAGCAGCUAUGUGUUCUAGACAACGUGAAGCUGAAUUUAAGAAGAUUCAUUGCCUAUCAAGAGAUGUUGGACAGACAGAAAAAAGUUUUGGAAUAGAAAAAAAGAUGGAAAGCUCUAUUUUUAGUUUGGUUUAUUAAAUAUUUUAACGAUUACUUCUAUAGGACCUUGCAGUAAUAGAUAGCAGGAGAGAAGGGUGGUGGUCUGCUUUUCAUAUUAUAUAUAUUUUUUAUAUUGAGGAGAAAAAAGGAGGGGCAGAGAAAAGUGCUGAAAUGGAUUCAGCAGCACAAAGUGUCAAAAUGAGUCCUUAAUGUGGAGGAAUAUUUUAAUUUCCUGGAUGGCAUAGGUCGGAGUGGUUUUUGUUUAGAAAAAGAAUGAGAAAAAAAUCCAAAAUAAAACAUUGGUCCCCCUGACGGCAGCCCCCAUUUUCUUAAUGUGGAUAAGUAGUAUGAUCUCCUAGA